GAGAGAGAGAGAGAGAGAGAGAGAGAGAUUAAAGGAAUUCUUACAGCUCUACAUCAAGCACAUGGGAGGCAGUUCUGAAUGUCGCCAGGAAUUUGAACAUGCAAGCUAAACACUGAAAUAUAAAGGUGCAGACGAUGCUGACCGUACCGUUUGAAGAUCCAGACAUGAUGCGUGAAUCUCAGUUCAGUGCCAGAUUCUCCGGUCAAGAAGAAGUCCGUACACUUAACGCGUCCAAUGCGGAGCUCCAGGAGGCUGAGGACGACAACACGGAUCGAGAGGAGGAGGAAAGAGAGGACGACCGCGACGAGAACGGCCUGCCCAAGAAGAAAGGCCCGCGCAAAAAGAAAUUCCCCGAGGGGCGCGGCGAACGCGUGAAAGUGCGUCGCCAAGAAGCGAACGCGCGCGAGCGCAGUCGCAUGCACGGACUCAACGACGCCCUGGAGAGCCUGCGCAAGGUCGUGCCAUGCUACUCCAAAACGCAAAAGCUCUCCAAGAUCGAGACACUGAGGCUCGCCAAAAAUUACAUCUGGGCUCUGUCCGAGACUCUGAGCGCGGGCAAGAGACCCGACCUGCUCGCCUUUGUGCAGACCUUGUGCAAGGGAUUAUCCCAGCCCACCACAAACUUAGUCGCGGGGUGCCUGCAGUUGAACGCCCGAAAUUUCCUUACAGAUCACAAUGGGGAGGUGUCGUAUUCUGGCAGGCCUCCAUAUGAUGCUCUGUAUCCGUAUCCGAACGCGGAGAUGGGCACGCCCACCGGCCUCAGCACUGGGACCCGGGACAGCGCCAAACCGUUCCGGCCCUACAACUAUUACGCAUCCUACGAGUCCUAUUACGACGGUGGCUCUCCGGAGGCCAGCAGUCCCCAUUUUGACGGCCAAAUCAGUCCCCCGAUCAAUUAUAAUGGGAUUUUCUCGCUUAAAAAGCACGAGGACCAAGUUGAGUACAGUAAGAACUGUCACUACGGAAUGAGGUACUGUAAUGUGCCCGGUCGAGGCUCCAUGUACCGCGUUUCCCCUGACAGUCAUUUCCCUUAUGACUUACAUCCCCGCAGCCAAUCGUUUCAGAGCCAGGACGAAUUAAAUACGGGUUUCCAUAAUUAAAAGCAAGUGUAGGGGUUGGAUGCCAGUUACACUAAUCUGUCAAUUAAUUAGUGCGUGUUGCAGACGAGGGGGGCUUUUACGCGUUUCAGUGUUUGAUUUUAUCCUGUUAUUUAUUUUAAAAUGAUGUAAAGUUUAUUCUAUUUAUUUGAGAUUGGUUUUGUUGAUGUUUGUGGUGAGGUAACCUGUUCAUCGACGCAGGGUGUGGUAGGCCUGUAGCUCUUACAAUCAAUUAAUCAAAUAGGGGAUAGAAAUGAAAUUUAAAGAUGCUGCUGGACUUCUUAAAACACGUGUUUUAAAGCUUGUCUCAUCUUGUGGAAAAUGGAUUUGUUACUGUGUCAAUAUGCGCUAUUCAAAAUCAUUCGAUUCAUGAAAGCAAUAAUGGAUCUAUGCAACAGUCCGUGUAUUAACAAAAUGUUUUGCAAAUUGUACAACGAAUUAUUGUGUGAUUUUUUUUCUUCCUUGGUUAGGCAUUUGUGUAUUUAAAGCAUAUACUCCCCAAUACGCAUAAUGUCAACAAAUCCUAUAUUGUGAUUUUGCUAUGUGAAAAUAAUUUUUGUUAGUGUUAUUCACGGGAGGGAUAUUGGGUCUUGUGGAUGAUGCGAAUGUAAGAAAUCUUCUUAGAAAUCUUACUUCGUUUGUAUUUCGAUCAUCUUAUCGAAAUAAAAUUUAAAUGUGA